AUUAUGGUGUGUGAUGAACGUGGCUCAGUGAGGAACUCGGUGUAUUAUGGUUUUCUUAUCAUUGUAAAGUAAUUAAGUGUAUAAAAAAUGUCUGACGUAAUAGUGCCUAAAGGUCAACCUGUUCCCGGUGAUCCAGAAAAAAAGGGAUGGCUUUUCAAGUGGACGAACUAUCUUAAGGGAUAUCAACGAAGAUGGUUCGUGUUGUCAAAUGGAUUAUUAUCGUAUUACAGAAAUCAAGCCGAAAUGGCACAUACAUGCCGAGGUACGAUAUCACUCUUAGGAGCUUUGAUUCACACUGCAGAUUCAUGUACAUUCGUUAUUAGUAAUGGUGGCACACAGACCUUCCAUAUACGAGCCCAUGAUGAAGUUGAACGACAAAGCUGGGUUACAGCGUUAGAACUGGCUAAAGCCAAAGCAAUCCGUGCUCAAGAAUCUGAUGAUGAUGAAGAUCAGAUGUCAUCUGGACAAGUGGCUGGGGGUGGAUCUGAAGGAGAAGGUGAGGACGCGGGGGGAAUAGCCCGCGAACUCGCAGCGAGAUUUCAUGAUCUACGUACAUGUUCUGAGCUGGUGGCAAGACAUGGGGCAGCUCUGCAACGGUCUCUCGUGGACUUGGAGAUACCACCAACAGACACAACUAAGCAAGUCUCUGAGCGAGCUACUUUAUUUAGGAUAUCUUGUAAUGCUAUGAUGAAUGCUUGUUCGGAGUUCAUGAGUGCCGCUGCAGCAUCCAGUACCCGUAUGAGUCGCGCUCUGCAACACGAGCGCGAACAGAAGAUGCGACUUCAGGAGGUUGUAGAACAACUUGCAAGACAACACGAUAACUUAGAAAAAACUGUCACUGCUAGAAGUACACCACACACAGGUGGUAACGGCUCCGGACAAGGAAACGAUACAGAAGAUGAAGACCAUGAGUUCUUUGAUGCUAUGGAAGAAGAAGUCUCUUCUGCAAUGGAGGAUAAAACAUCCUUUGUAAUUAAAGUGCCUGUAAAUAGAAAAAAUAAAGUAAAAAGUGGUGAAAGCUCUGAUGAAUCAGAAGGUGAAACUGUGACUGAAACUCAACAGGUGAUAUUUGUGGAAGAUAAAGAAAGGGCAGAGAAUACAAUGGGCGGAGCGGAGGCAGCUACUGUCAGCAAACCAGCCGAUAACAAGGAGGAACAGGAUAUAAAAGUAUGGCCGCACGUGUCGCAAGUGACGGGCUCGGUGGACGGACACGUGAGACGCACGCGCGUGCCGGACAAGCCCAACUACCCGCUCUCGCUCUGGUCCAUCAUGAAGAAUUGCAUCGGUAAGGAGUUGUCGAAAAUUCCCAUCCCGGUGAACUUCAGUGAGCCGCUGUCCAUGCUGCAGCGGCUGACGGAGGACUACGAGUACUCGUCGAUCCUGGACCAGGCGGCCAAGUUCAGCGACCCCGCGCAGCAGCUCGCCUACGUCGCCGCCUUCACCGUGUCCUCCUACGCGACCACGGCCUGCAGGACAACAAAACCCUUCAACCCUCUCCUCGGAGAAACAUACGAAUGUGAUCGCAUGACGGACCUCGGAUGGCGAUCCAUAUCUGAACAGGUGUCUCACCACCCGCCGAUGGUGGCGCAAUUCUGCGAGGGCGUUGCGGGAUGGCAGUGCUGGCAGGAGUUCACGAUGACCACGAAGUUCAGGGGGAAAUACCUGCAGGUCGUCCCUCAGGGCGGCGCCUUUGCUCAGUUUACUAGCUCGGGCAACAAGUACACGUGGAGAAAGGUAACAACGACGGUACACAACAUUAUUGUAGGCAAACUUUGGGUGGACAACCACGGAGAUAUGGACAUCGUAGGCGAAUCGGGCCCUGCCACCGGCUACGUGGCACAUCUUAAGUACCUCCCAUACGGGUACUUCAGCAAGGACACACAGCGGAAGGUCACCGGCGUCAUCAAAGACCCGCAAGGCGUGCCGAGGUAUGUACUGCAAGGGCACUGGGACAGCCGCGUAGAGGUGGCCGCCGUCACUUCCGCGUCGCCCGAUAACACCGUCUGCAAGACCGGCAAGUUCGCGCUCGCCUGGCAGCGAGUGCCGGCGCCGUCCGAUUCCGACAAGUGGUACAACUUCACGCUACUGGCGGCCCAGCUCAACGAGCCCGAGACGGGAGUCGCGCCGACCGACUCGCGGCAGCGCCCCGACCAGCGCCUCAUGGAGGAGGGCCUGUGGGACGAGGCCAACGCGGAGAAGCUGCGGCUCGAGGAGAAGCAGCGCGCCGCGCGCCGCGAGCUGGAGGCCGCGGCCGAGAGCGCGGCCGCGCGGGGCCUGCCGCCGCCCGCGCCGCCCACGCCCGCCUGGUUCACGCGCCAGGCCGCGCCCGGACAGCCGCACCUGCGCCAUCUCUACAACAACCGCUACUGGGACUGCAAGCGGCGCGCCGACUGGACCGGCUGUCCCGACAUCUUCUAGCGACUUGCGAGAUCCGAGCGAGCCGUCGAUUCGACUUGGGACGAGUGAGGACGCGCCCGGCGUCCGGUCGAGCCGCGCGUGUGCCCGUGUGCGGAAGUUAAAUGACGAUGCUUGUUAACUUUUAAUUGUAUAGUGUGCGUCUUUUGGGGGGUACAUAAGCGAGUAUUCACGAUUAUGUCUGGUGUUAUAAUUAAAAGGUUAAUAUUGACGGAAAUCAUGCGCAGAUAUCGAUUAAAAUAAUGCAAAUUAAUAACAGAAAAAUUGUAAUAGCUUUGAAAUUCUCGCAUAAACAUAGUCCAUAAGCGUGUACUGUGGCCGUUAAUGAACUGACACAAAUGUAUUGUUGCAGAGAAUCACGAGGUCCUGAACAUUUUUUUUUUUUGACUUCCUCUCGACUCUUCUAUUUUUGUAUUGAUUUUAAAGCUGAUUAGUGAUUACUACGAGGUUCAUUUGUACUGUUUAUACAGGAAGUGUAUGAGUAAAUAUUUUUAAAUGCCUGGAUGACGAUACUGCUUGCUUUUAAGUUAUUAUUCGAGUCUCAUUAAAUGUGUACAUAUUAUAACUCAAUUUAUAUAAUUUUCUGUUCUACAUAUGAAAGUUUUAUGUACUCAUUCCAUAUAUUUAUUUUAUUACAGCUAUAUGGUUAAUAAGCUUAUACAAUUAUUUUCAACUUUAUCAGUUUACAUAUUAAAAAAAACAUUGUCAAAAGCAAACUUAUAUAUCUAGUUAUUUUCAAAGUAAAAGUAAUUUCGAUUUAUUUAUCAAACUUUGCACAUAGAAAGGUUAUGUUCUGUAGAUAAUGAGAUCUUGUAUAAUUAAUUGUAUUACUACAGUGAAGUUUUUGUAAAAACAGAAUGAAACUGAUUCUGAUUGACUAUUUUUUUUUUGUCUAUACAGAUUAAAACUGAUCUUAUUUAAUUAAAUAACAUCUACAUGGAAUGACAUAACUAGAAUUUUAAGUAUAUUAAAAUAUGUUAUAUUUAUUUAACUAGUUAACUAUUGUUUUUUUUUUUUUAUUUGAUUAUGAAGUCAUAUUAAAACUAAUAUAUUAAGUUGGAAAUCUGGUUUUUUUGAUAAUAAAUUAAUUUUUAUUCUAACUGUACCUAUAACUGUCACGGUAUAGGCCUAUUAUUUAGUUAUUAAUAUUCCGAAUAACAAUCCAAGUUGAGAACAAGUUGACAACGAAAGUUAUUUACUUAUCAGCAUCCAACACAAAGUUGAUUUAUAUUUUUUAGUAUGUUGCUGUAAAUAUUUGUGAAGACUGGAAAUAAAAUCACAUUGUGUAUAUUGUAGUCAUGUUCGCGAUAAACUAGAUUAAAUAUAUACAGGCUGUUCCUACAAUAUUAAUCCUUUAUCAAAUAAAUGCAUCGGGUAACAUAAAAAAAAACUAAAACUUACAUAAUUAUUAAUGUUUUAUUUAAGAUGUAAUAAUCUUUAUCUAUUUGCUCUUUAUUAUCAGAGUUUUUAUUAUUAUAUUUUCUAUAAAUGCAUCGUGAAGUAUUUGAAUUUUAGCUUUACUAUGCUUAAAAUUAGGGAAUUAUAUAAAAAUUUCCGGUGCUACUACCUUUUAAAUAGCACUCCUUUCUUUCUAGAUAACCAUAGAAAUUAAAAUAGUGAGCACUGAAUGAUUAUAAAAAAUCAGUAAAAUAAUAAGAUAAUAAUAUGUCACUCGAAUUAAACUUUUGAAGCUUUUUAAACAAAUCAUUGCUGAGAUCAAAAUAUAAUCCUUAAUAUUUUUGAAAUACAUAAUGGAAAUCUUAUAAAAUCAUUCACAUUUUGUCGAUUCUUGUGUAUUUAGUUUCUCAUUUUUUAACAAAAAAAUCCACUUUACUUUCAUUAAAAGCUUAAGUGUUAAUUUUUAAUUUAAUUUUGUUAUGCUGUAUAAAGAAAAUGAUUUAUUUUGGGACUGGUAACUUUAUAAGACAGUUUCAGACAUAAUAAAAUUGCUCUUACGUGCAACAAAUGUUUAAUAUGUACAUUGAAACAGUCUCAUUUAAAAAUUCAAUUACGAUAAUUGAUCAAAAUGUUAUAUUCAACAUUCUCUACUACAUCGCGAUAAAUAAUGCAAAUUCCUAACGUAGGAGCAAUUGAUUAUUUUGUAAGUGUUAAAAAUUUACUAAUUGACUUAAAUUGAUAUCAAUGUUACCGCAAUGUAAGAUGCUGUGCCAUUGAUAUCGAUUUGCAGUAGUAUUUUAUAAGAUCUAUUACAAAUUGUACAUUUUCAAGUGGAUGUAAAAUAAUUUGUUAAUAUUUUAUUAUAAUAAAAUAUAUUUGAAUACAAAGCCAUAACAUCUGUGUAUCAUGUUGAUUUUAAAAAUAAAAUACGUCGCAGUAA